AGAACCAGCCCCACCCUUUUAUUCAACUUUGUACGACCUUUGUCACAACAGUACAGUUAGCUAGCUAGCUAAUAUAUACUAGCUGGAAGGGUAGUUCGUACGAACCCAACGAACUACCUCUGGAUCCGCCCCUGAGGUGCAAGCAUGGCCCAACAACCCACAGGCUCGAGCUCAGAGCCCCAGGAUCCGGAGUUUGAACACACAACGGCUUUACUCAGGGAGUAUGUAUUUGGAAGAGCCAAAGUAGACAAUGACCUCAACUCUCAAGAGUUUAAAACCUUCAUGGAGGCCCGUCAGAUACAGAGUGACGGUGUACCUCAGACGAGAGUCUCACCAUCACCGGCCUUUAUAGGAAAGAUUUUGGGUGGAAUGGGAGGUGAUAUUGAUGCUCGGUACCAGAAGACCAUACAGACGCUAGCACAGUGGUCAGGGCCACCUGAACAAGCCUUAAAAACAUUUAAGGAAGUCGCUAAAACAACAUUUUCGGAUGGACAUGGAGGAGUUAAAAUCACCCCCGGGCGAAUAGUAGUAAUGUUGAAUUACUGUUACCACCUCUGCAAGACUUACACAUCGCAGAAUGUGGCAGCUGCCAGUCUCAUCUCGUUUAUCACCAUAGUUGCAACGUGGCUCUGUAAGUCCUUCCUUGAGGCAAAAGUUUUUGAUUGGCUUUGGAAGCAAGGAGGAUGGAGUAAACUGGUGGCUAUUUCUGGAAAGAACAUGUUACUCUUCAUCGGACUUGGCUCAUUAGCUAUAUGGGCGCUCGCUUAUUUCACAGGAAACUAACUUAUUUGUACUUCAUGUAUAUACUGUGACGUGUGUGCUAUCCCCUUACUUUAAUGAUUAUUACAUGUAUUGUUGUGGAACAUAAUUUUUUUACUGAAA